CUUUUAUUAUUUGAAAAGUUGCAAAAAAAUAGUUAAAAAAAAGUCACAAAUGACCUUGAAAUUCUCUGUUUGGCUGCAUUUUGUGACCUCUCCACUCUUAAAUGUGUGGGUCCCCGCUGCGCCCCCUAGCGGAGGAAAACGGCCCCACAGCGAGAAAUUGAAAAUAAGGAUGAGCGCCAUGUCUGAUUCUCCGCUGGUGGAAUAGAGCGGACGGCGCAGCGAGCUUUCCCCGGGCCUGCGGUCCCUGCGGGAGGCUUUUUCUUGUGGGGGGGAAUCAUGGCCGACAGCGCUGGGAUCCAACAAGGCUCGCCGGCCAUCGGGGCCGCCGGCCUGGUCCCUGCCGCCCCUGGAGCCGGGGGGACGGAGGGCUCCGGCGCCGCUGGAGGAUCCGCACGUAUCGUCGCGAAGAAGGCGCAGCUCCGCUCGUCGCCUCGGCCAAAGAAACUGGAAAAACUCGGGAUUUAUUCGUCAUGCAAAGCUGAGGGGCCCUGUAAAUGUAAUGGCUGGAAGAACCAGAACCCCCCUCCCACACCCCCUCAAGCUGACCAGCAGACCAACACAGUGAACCUGCAGGAGCCCUGCCGCAGCUGCUCCCACACUUUAGGCGAUCACGUGAGCCAUCUAGAAAAUAUAUCAGAGGAAGAAAUGAACCGACUUCUCGGUGUAGUCCUGGAUGUGGAAUACCUGUACACGUGCGUCCACAAAGAGGAGGACGCUGACACUAAACAAGUCUACUUUUCACUCUUUAAGCUGUUAAGAAAAUCCAUCCUACAGAUGGGUAAACCGAUGUUGGAAGCACAAGAGAGUCCUCCUUUUGAAAAACCCAGCAUUGAACAGGGAGUGAACAACUUUGUCCAGUACAAAUUCAGCCAUCUACCAUCAAAAGAGCGUCAAACCAUCAUGGAGCUGGCCAAGAUGUUUCUGAACCAAAUCAACUACUGGCAGCUGGAAACGCCGUCUCAGAGGCGCCAGAGGGUUCCGAACGAGGAUGCGGCCGGAUAUAAAGUCAAUUACACCAGGUGGCUGUGCUACUGCAACGUGCCGCAGUUCUGCGACAGCCUGCCGCGAUAUGACACCACCCAGAUCUUCGGCCGGACGCUGCUGCGCUCCGUGUUCACCGUCAUGAGGAAGCAGCUGCUGGAGCAGGCCAGGCAGGAGAAGGACAAGCUGCCCCCAGAGAAGCGCACGCUCAUUCUGACACACUUUCCAAAGUUCUUGUCUAUGUUGGAGGAGGAGGUGUACAGUCACAGCUCUCCUAUCUGGAGUAUGGAGUUUUUGGCAGGAACGACAGGCGGGCAGAUUCCUGUUCAGACCGUGAUCAGCGCUCCCCCAGUCACGAGGUCGCUGUACUACAGCGCCAGUCCGGUUUCGGUGGAGCCGUCCACGUGCGGAAGCGUGAGUCCCGCAAGGAAACCAAACCCUGCUUUGGAGCCAAACCCAGUCGUAGUUGGAGAAAAACGUAAACCCUCUGAACCCCUUCACCACGAAGAAAACAAAAGACCAAGAGUGCUGGGGGACAUCCCCAUGGAUCUCAUCAACGAAGUCAUGGCAACCAUCACCGACCCUGCCACUAUUCCAGAGACAAGUCUACUGUCAGCUCAUUCGGCCCGUGACGAAGCUGCACGCCUUGAGGAGCGGCGAGGAGUGAUUGAGUUCCACGUCAUUGGGAACUCCCUGAACCAAAAGCCCAACAAGAGGAUCCUGAUGUGGCUGGUGGGGCUUCAGAAUGUGUUCUCACACCAGCUGCCCCGCAUGCCAAAGGAGUACAUCACGCGGCUGGUCUUUGACCCGAAGCACAAGACGCUGUCACUGAUCAAAGAUGGGCGUGUGAUCGGGGGAAUCUGCUUCCGGAUGUUCCCGUCGCAAGGUUUCACAGAAAUCGUCUUUUGUGCGGUCACAUCUAACGAGCAAGUUAAGGGUUACGGAACCCACCUGAUGAACCACCUGAAGGAAUACCACAUCAAGCACGAGAUUCUCAACUUCCUCACAUAUGCGGACGAAUACGCCAUCGGGUACUUCAAGAAACAGGGUUUUUCAAAGGACAUCAAAGUUCCCAAGUCGAAGUAUGUGGGCUACAUCAAGGACUACGAAGGAGCCACGCUGAUGGGCUGUGAACUCAACCCCAGCAUCCCCUAUACCGAGUUCUCUGUAAUCAUCAAAAAGCAGAAGGAGAUCAUUAAGAAGCUGAUCGAAAGGAAGCAGGCUCAGAUCAGGAAGGUCUACCCAGGACUGUCCUGUUUUAAGGACGGAGUCCGGCAGAUUCCCAUUGAGAGCAUUCCUGGCAUACGAGAAACUGGAUGGAAGCCUGCAGGUAAAGGGAAGGAACUGAAGGAUCCAGACCAACUGUACAGCACUCUGAAGUCCAUCCUCCAGCAUGUGAAGAGUCAUCAAAAUGCCUGGCCUUUUAUGGAGCCUGUGAAGAAAACGGAGGCCCCAGGUUACUACCAAGUCAUUCGCUUUCCCAUGGACCUGAAAACCAUGAGCGAGCGGCUGAAGAGCAGGUACUACACCACACGCAAGCUGUUCAUGGCCGACAUGCAGCGCAUCUUCACCAACUGCCGGGAGUACAACCCGCCGGAAAGCGAGUACUACAAGUGCGCCAACCUACUGGAGAAAUUCUUCUACGGCAAAAUCAAGGAAGCAGGUCUCAUCGAGAAGUAGAGGUCGGAGGAACGUUUGAGAAGAACUACUGAAGAACAUCAGUAUGCUGGACGAGAUCCCGGAUGAGGGCUUUUAUUUUGAAAGGUGAAGAGAUAACUUAAAAGUAUUUAGACUUUUUUGUUUGUAUGAACACAAAGGACUUAUUUAACAGAAAGGUGCUGUUGUCGUCCAUAUUUGACACUGAAAGGCAGCACAAAACGACUUUUUUUUUACACUGCCUCUUACACUCACUUGACUCAGGUAACGUAGUCACGUGAAGGAGCCGAGGAAAACGGCGGUUUACCCGUGAAGUAAAGGAUGAGCGUGUACAGCACUAAUGAGGUCAAAGUCUACGAGUUCGUUUUGCCAAGAAGAGGAACUGAAGAUGUACAGAUUGUAACGAAUUGUAAGCACUUAUGCCAACUGUAUAUUUUAAAUAUAUAUAAAUACAGUAUAUUUUCUUUUCCAGAACUAUUUUUUCCAGCAAGCCACAAAAAGGCAGUUUGACUAUCAAAAUGCACUUUUUUUUUUCCAAGUAUUGGUUCAUACUUGUUUGGACAUAAAGAUGACAGUAAUCUAAAUGACUAAUUUAACCAUCUUAGAGUUUAUUUAUGUGCUUUAAUUUAGAAGAAAAAUAAUUGCGCUCAAGACAAUGUCUUAAUUUAUUUUCUUAUUUUUGUCAAACGUACAAAGAUGAAAAACUUUAUACUUUGGAGUUGAUGGAGAAGGUGCAAUACAAUGUUUUUUUUUCUGUUUUGUAAAAAAGCUGUUUGUACUUUUCAGAACUUUUUUUAAUGUCUAGAAAAAAAAGAAUCUUAUUCUCUUUGUACAAUUGGUUUUAAUAAUGUUGAAGUAGCCUAUUUUAUAGAGUGAAUAAAUGAACAUGAUGCUAA